GGUACUAAGGGAAAUGUUAUCCGUUCCAUGUGAAUCUCUCCAUGAGUAGACAUUUCACUCUCCGUAAAACCUUAUCCAUAUAAUGUGGGAUAGCCAUUUCUUGUUUAAAAUUCACCAACUUUAUGGACUAAAAACAACACUUCAAUUUCCUACAAUAUGAAGUGCAUUUGCCUUCACUCUCCAAUCUUACUGAAACUUCCAAGCACCAAAUUCAUAUGCCAAUACCAUAAAUCAAAGCCAAUUUGCCUACUGGAGCAGCAACAGCACUAUAAAGCUAAAUUAGCUACUUGUUUUAUAAUUAAGGGAAAAAGGACUCUUUUAAUUGCUCCACUUAAGGCUAUUAACUCACCUGCUGCUUCCGGAGACCUGUCAGUUUUGGUACAGACAGGUGCAGUAAUGCUAUUUAUGUAUUGGAUUGCCAACUUUGUGGUGCCGGGGAUCGUCUUAAAGGAUCUUCAAGAUGACAGUACCACCAACGAUAACAAGGCUGAUGAAAAAGAUCUUCUAUGACCAAAUGAACAAAGGCUUUACAGCACCAAGCAAGGAGUUAAACUCUGCUAGACUCUAUCAACUCUUCCAGAUUAAAGAUUUUUUAUUGAUUUUUUCCGUUGAAUAUAUUGGAAUUAAUAUUAAACUCUUGUUGAAUAGAAGACCUCUUUUUAAUCAUAAUGAGAUAAUGGAGUUGUUUUACUGCUA